GACCGCGCCCAACACCCCCGCACGCACCACCUCACUCGUCCGCCACCACCACCACCACCAUGCUCGCCACCGCCCUCCGCGCCGCCCGCCCCGCUGCCGCCCGCGCCCCCCUGCGCGUCGCCUCCGCGGCCCCGCUUAUCCGCGCGCGCCUCGCGCACGGCCACGCGCAGGAGACCUUCGAGGGCUUCACCCAGCGCUACGUCGCCUUCUUCCAGAACGCGGAGGACCUGUUCGAGGUCCAGCGCGGGCUCAACAACUGCUUCGCGCACGACCUCGUGCCCGCGCCGGAGGUUAUCGAGGCGGCGCUCCGCGCGUCGCGUCGGGUGGACAGCUUGUCGACCGCGGUCCGCGUGUUUGAGGGCUUGAAGGAGAAGGUUGAGAACAAGCAGCAGUACCAGGCGUACGUUGAUGAGCUCAAGGGCGUUCGGGAGGAGCUUGGCAUUCCCCUCAAGGAGGAGCUCUACCACCAAUGAGCAGAUCGCCUACCCCUCAGAUACUGCCUUUACUCUGGAAUCAAUAAAACCUUUUCGCUUGCAUAACUUAUACCUUCCCCCAAGUGUCCGCUAAAUUGCCCCGCUGCAACAUGCAUCACGGAUUCUUGAAGCCUUCUUACUUCGUAAAUUGCGCGUACCUUUUACGCGAACUCCACAUGCGCCGCGGUAUGAACACUGGGACAUUCAACGCGAUAAUUGACUAAAGGGGAAGUCAUUGUUGUUAUAUUGUCAUUGAGGCGUUAUGAUUGGCCGAC